CUCCAAUUACUUAACUUAGAUUCUUUUUUUUUUUUAAGAUCUUAGCUGUUGUCCUCUUCCAUAGGAGUCCGCCGCGGUUCUUCUGGAUCUAGGGUUUCAUCAGUUCGCGGGUCUCUUUGCUUUUAGUUUAGCGACCGGGGAGCAUCACCUGCUUUUCGUCAUAAGCCACCAUACGAGGUGGUCAGGGCUUUGACCCUAACCCCGGCGAUGGAAUCCGACGAGAACGGAGUUUGGCCCAGCAAAACCAGCAGCUACAGGCUUGGUUCAAUAGUGGUCAGGUUCUGCGAUUUCAUACAGUAAAUGCCAUAAAAAGGCCUUGGACUUGAUGGACUUCUUCCAAAAGUCCUCUUUGACUUUGGCUGACUAGCUACUGUGGAAGCACCUAGCGCAGAGAAGAAAAGUCAAGGUAUUUUUUUUUUACUUAAUUUUAUCUUACUUUGUCCAGCGCUAACUUCUUCUUAUAGGAUUACUUUUCUAGGGAUAAAAAAUAUCAUUCUUUGUGGAGUAAUGUUUUCUAGAUUUGUAGAUUUGUUGAAGAACUUAAGUUUUUAAUAGCUUAAUCACUGUUGACUUUCAAGGAAGCAGUUGCCACAAGCAUCCUUUCUCGAAGAUGGUGAUAUUUAUGGACAUGUCUCUGUAUCCUCUAUUUUGGAUUGGAAUAUGUUUUGCAACAUGAAGACAUGCACUAUCAAAAUCUUAUUCGGAACCAUAAAUUACUUGAUGUUUACAAGGAUAGAUUUAUAGAAAUUGUCAACCAAGUGCCAAGGUUUUGACCAGGGUCAAGGGCCGCUUGAGUUUUGCAUCCAUUACCCGUUACACGAAAGUUCUCGUUGUCAUAAUGAUCUUUGGGUUGCUUUUGCAAUUGCCAUUGGGGGUUCUAAGCUUGAAUUAAACUUCUCACCCUAUUUAUUUGUAUGUCAUAGAGGCAUGAAGAAAUAUUCAGUCCCACCUGAGCUGUUCGAUAGAAGUAUAGAACGAAGGGUAGGGUGCAGUUCUCAGUGAAAAUGGAUCAUUGUUUUCCCUCCAUCCCUAUAUCCUCCCUUAAUGUUCAAAAUGGUUUCUUAGAAAUGAACGCUUGUAAGCCAUUCUCUCGAGCGCUUACAUUUGCUUGAGAGCGACAAGCUAGCAUAUGUAUAACACGCUCUUCCUCACGUGAAAUUGAAUUGCUUAGAGAUAUACCACUGUUACAAUGUGGGGAAAGUGGAAAUAUUUGCUUUAAAUCUUGUUUAAUUUCUUUCUUGUAUUGAGGGGCCAAGAUUCAUAUUUUCGUCAAGGGUGCAAAACAGCUUGUUAACCUCUGCAUGUUUUCCUGUUCCUAUUGGGGAGAGAUGGAGUAUACACACAAUAAUUGUUUGGGUUUACCCUAUGUGCAAAGUAAAGAUUUUGUAUUUGUCCAAUUUGCCGAGUACCUUUAGCAGUUGGAGCAUCAUCUGAUGCUGGAUGUUGGUUUGUUUCAGGAAAAUCAAGUGUUCAACAAGGUCCCUAUACUUUCCAAUUUAAAACAUCUGUGUUUGACAAGUUGUAGUAGGGACUCUCGUGAUCCCUUUGGGGCGGUAAGUUGUCCUAGCGUAGAGUUAUUUACCUUGUCAAGGCAUCGCCAUUGUUGCAUCGACUCGACUUACAUGUAAGUAUUUUUUAGUUGUUUAACUGUGUCAGACCUGUAUAUCUUUCUUUUAUCCAACACUCUCCCCUAUUAUUUGGAUAACAUGGUUUAGUACUCCAUCUGUACCAAAAUCCCUUUCCUGUCUUGAUGUUUAUUGAUUUUCAAAGAGGCAUCACCAUUAUUGCAUCGACUCGUCUUACAUAUGACUGCCGAUGACGCAUUGAAGCCGGAAAAGAACACAGGCGAAGAAGAUAAAGAUAUUACGGACUCGACUACCCAAUCUGAUGGGGAAUCCGAGGAGCAAGACUUUAUCAUAGAUCUAGAAAACCAAGUCCAGCCUUUCUGGGAAUCUCCUAAUCUCCCGGACACAGCUAGAGAGUGGUUAUGUGUACGAUUAAGGGUGGAGAAAGGGCCUGAUGAACAAGUUGCUUUGCUGGAAGAUGUGCUUCAAUGUGAUAAGUCUGAGGUCCAAUCCAUGCACGAAUACAGUAGUCCAUUUGAAUUUUAUGCUCUAGUGAAUGAAAAAGAAACAGCUAAAUUGUUUGCUUCAGGUAUUGUCUGUUUUCUAAGAUCUGGUUAUCCACAACGAGUUAGGGAAGAACGAAAGAAAAUCAGAAGAAAUGAAAUUAAAAGGAAAGUCGAUGCUAGACAAAAAACAAAGAAACAAAAAGUCAGCCCGGAGGCUAAUUGUAGAGAGGCUUCUAAACCUGCUUAUAGCAAAUAUGAGCCCUACCCUCUUCUCGACGACGUGUAUAGAAGUUGGUAUCGGGUAGAAAUAAAAACAAAGAAACAGCGAGAUGAACAGAUAGCUUUUCUGCUGGAUGAGCUCAACCUUAAAUGUGACAAGUGUGAAGUGCGCUCCUACCAUGAGUUCAUUGGUCUGUCAACAUUUAAUGCUUAUUUGACUGCAGAAGAAGCACAGAAGUCAUCUAAGCUGAAGAUGGUUCGCCUUGUCGAGCUAGGAUAUCCUAAGCGACCUAAUAGGAAAAUCAAUGCACAGCAGAAUUUUAAAGAACAAACACAGAGCUUAGGUAGCAGGCUCUCAGAGGCAAGAAAGAACAAAGAAAAAUGGAGAUAUGAUGAAGGUUUGGAGCAGGACUUUGCAACAAGCGAAACAGCAGUGAUUAUGAUGAUCCUUUUGAAGAAUACGAGUAUUAUCCUCCUCUGGAUGCAGCUGGGAAACGGUAGUGAGUCUGAGUUCAAAGACAUUUACAAGAGUGGCCGUUAUCGCCAUUGCUUUAGUGCUUACUUGACUGAGGAAGAGGCGGAUGAAGUCGCUGGGCUGGAAGAAGUCGAGUAUGUGGAGCCACACCGUUGUAAGGAAUCUUGGGAUUGACUAGUAUGUUACUCACCAGGUUAUCACGAACAUGCAACUAAAUUAGUAUUCCUUUGAAUUUAAAGCUUAUUCCGUGGACGUAGUACGUGCUUAACUAGAUUUUAUAUUAUGGAGUUAUUUGUGCUAAAAACUAAUAAGUCAAAUAGAACAUG